UCCUCCUCCUCCUCCUUCCUCCACUUCUCUCCAAGCUCAGCGGUGGUUUGAGACUUCCCCGUUUGUGACUCUCACACCCGGUUCUGCUGAGUUGUGGCCGGUCCGAUCCAGAGCCCCGGGUCACCCAUGAGGCUGGAGGCCGCAGCCAGGAUGGAUCUGUUCAGGAAGCUGUGGAAGGCGAGGAAGCUGAUCGUCGUGGUGUUCAUCCCGCUGUCCCUGCUUCCCUUACCGCUCAUCCACCCCACCAGCGAGGCAUGCUGCGCGUACGUGCUGAUGGUGACGGCAGUCUACUGGGUGUCAGAGGCUGUUCCCUUGGGCGCUGCUGCUCUGGUCCCAGCCUUCCUCUACCCGCUCUUUGGGGUACUGAAGUCCAGCGAGGUUGCAGCUGAGUACUGUAAAGACACCACUCUGCUGUUGAUGGGAGUCAUCUGCCUGGCAGCCUCCAUAGAGAAGUGGAACCUGCACAAACGCAUCGCUCUGCGCAUGGUGAUGAUCGCAGGGGCCAAGCCUGGCAUGUUGGUGCUGGGCUUCAUGUGCUGCACCGUGUUUCUGUCCAUGUGGCUCAGCAACACGUCCACCACAGCCAUGGUGAUGCCCAUAGCUGAGGCCGUCCUGCAGCAGCUCAUCUGCACCGGUCUGGCCGACAGCCAUGACGACUCUGAAACCGCCGAGGCCCCCGAGGACGACAGCGACAAAGAAGAGAACCUGGACAAGAACCAGUUGGAGCUGCUCUACCGCAACGACAGGUACAUGUGUGUACAGACUGCGGAGGUAAAUGGUUUGGGUCUGAGGCCAGUUUCAAACCACGGCUUCAUCAGACACACCAAUGGACACCUGCCGCAGGUUGCAAUCGAAAUCCCAAACGUGAAGCGGGUCAGGGCCAGGAGGGACUCGCAGUAUCCCACCAAGAGGGAUCACAUGAUCUGUAAAUGCCUGUCGCUCAGCAUCACCUACGCUGCGACCAUCGGAGGACUCAUCACCAUCACCGGCACGUCAACCAACCUCAUCUUUGCUGAGCAGUUUAACACUCGUUAUCCAGACGCAAAGGUGAUCAACUUCGGCACGUGGUUCAUCUUCAGCUUCCCCAUCGCCAUCAUCAUGCUGGUCCUCACCUGGCUGUGGCUGCACUUCCUCUUCCUUGGCUGCAACUUCAGGGAAACAUGCUCGCUGAGUAAGAAACGCAAAACCAAGAGAGAGAUGCUGUCAGAGAGGAGGAUCCAUGAGGAGUACACAAAACUGGGACCCAUCAGUUACCCAGAGGUGGUGACCGGUGUUUUCUUCAUCCUGAUGACUCUGCUGUGGUUCACCAGAGAGCCAGGCUUCGUGCCCGGCUGGACGUCUCUCUUUGAGAAGAAAGGAUACAGGACUGAUGCGACAGUGUCUGUGCUUCUUGGCUUCCUGCUCUUCCUCAUCCCUGCCAGGCGACCCUUCUCCUCCUCCUCCCCCUCCAGCUGUAGAGACACAGAUGAUGAUUCAGAGUCUGACCCGCUGGCUCCCAUGAUCACCUGGAAGGACUUCCAGAGACUGAUGCCGUGGGAGAUUGUCAUCCUGGUGGGAGGAGGCUAUGCACUGGCCGCUGGAUGCAAGGUGUCAGGCCUGUCGGUGUGGAUCGGCAGACAGCUGGAGCCCAUGAGUGGUCUUCCUCCCUGGGCCGUCACCCUGCUGGCUUGCCUGCUGGUGUCAGCGGUCACUGAGUUCGCCUCCAACCCGGCAACACUCACCGUCUUCCUGCCCAUCUUGUCUGCGCUGUCCGAGACUCUGCACAUCAACCCCCUCCACACUUUGAUCCCGUCCACCAUGUGCGUGUCAUUCGGGGUCAUGCUUCCAGUCGGGAACCCCCCCAACGCCAUCGUCUUCAGUUACGGCCACGUGAAGAUCAGCGACAUGGUGAAGGCAGGCUUCGGGGUGAACCUGAUCGGCGUGGCGGUGGUAAUGUUGGCCAUAACCACGUGGGGCGUUCCCCUCUUCAACCUGACUGAGUUCCCAGCCUGGGCGGUGGCCAGGAACGUCACCGGGAGCUUAUAA